GACGACGGCCGUGGUAAGUGAAUGAUCCACCAGUCAUAUGGAUGGCAGCGCUGACGUAUCCAGUAUCGAGCGCGAGAUCUGCUUCUUGACGACGAGAAUACGCGUAGUCGCAUUGACAAGAGGAUGCCGGCGGCACGACAAGACGAGGAGGGAGGAGAGGGUGACCAACAUCAACCUGCCAAAAGGAAGGUUAGACGCCGCGCUCCGAAAGACACGUGCACUCCUGUGACAGAUUUCUCCUUUCGAAAUUGGACACCACCGGUUUUGAGAGGAUGGAAUAAGAAGCUGACCACCUACUUCGUGGGGGAUCUAGCGGCAGGAGUUCCGCGGGCGAACUUCCCCCAGGGUGCCGACAAGGGUCCGCUAACAUGCGCAAUCGAAUACGUCCUGGACCAUCCAGCAUGGAAUUGGUUAGAGCUCAGCGACAUCGAGUGGUUCAUCCCUCUGAAAGGCUUCCACCGCCAUGCUCUUCGCUUGGUGCCCAAUGGCCCAAACCCCGACGCACAGGCCCAUACCCGUCAUGAGAACGCGCUCAAAGGUUAUCGCGAGCGUAUUCUACGAGCUCGCUCCGGGGCUCAGUAACCAAUCUGCGCAGCUCUGCCGGGAACUCGACAAUGGUGCAAAGUUCGU